AUGGCAUCAGGGACAUCUGAUCUCGAGCAACCAAUUCUAUCCUCUCUCGGAAAGGUUGGGAAGUCAUCGGGUGAGAUUGGCGAGCCUCUAAUUAAUGGGGGCCGCCGAUCUGAAAACUAUUCCGUGCUCGCUGCAGUACUUCCAUUCCUUUUCCCAGCUGUUGGAGGACUACUUUAUGGUUAUGAUAUUGGUGCCACAUCUUGCGCUACAAUUUCAAUCGAGGUAUCAUCUGAGCUGAUGCAUUAUUGCAUUUCACUCUCUUUUAUCAUCACCUACAUUGAGCGGGGUCACAUGACUAGUGGCUCAUUAUAUGGGGCUUUGAUUGGCUCCAUAUUGGCUUUUAAUAUUGCUGACUUUCUAGGAAGAAGAGGGGAAUUGAUUUUGUCUGCUAGUUUUUAUAUUGUUGGAGCACUGGUAACUACACUGGCACCUGAUCUGGUUGUUAUGGUGAUUGGACGUAUUGUAUAUGGUGUUGGAAUUGGGCUGGCAAUGCAUGCAGCUCCAAUGUAUAUUGCUGAGACAGCUCCAAGUCAGAUACGUGGACAACUAAUUUCUCUUAAAGAGUUCUUCAUAGUUUUUGGAAUGCUUCUAGGUUAUACUGUUGGUAGCCUUUUGGUUGAUACAGUUGCUGGUUGGCGCUAUAUGUAUGGAGUUAGUGUCCCUUUAGCGAUGGUUAUGGGCAUUGGAAUGUGGUGGCUACCUGCAUCACCUAGAUGGAUUCUUCUACGUGCUAUACAGGGAAAGGGCAAUGUGCAGGAUUUAAGAGAGACUGCCAUAAGUUGCUUGUGCCGACUUAGAGGUCAAGCUAUUGGGGAUUCAGCUCGUGAACAAGUAGAUGAAGUUAUGUCUGAGCUUUCUUAUGUUAGUGACGAGAAAGAAGCUACAUUAGGAGAUAUGUUUCGUGGGAAAUGCUUGAAAGCCCUAACUAUUGGUGCAGGACUGGUCUUAUUUCAGCAGGUAUCAUCAUCAAUAAAGAGCACAGGCUUCUGA